CGAGGGGCGGGAAGCGGGCCCGCGGUGGGCGGGUGUGCGUGCGUGUGACUGAGGCGGAGGCCGGGAGGCGGCGCGGGCUGCAGGGCGCUGAGCAUUAUGGAUCCAAGCCUAUUGAGAGACCGAGAGCUGUUCAAAAAACGAGCUCUUUCCACCCCUGUGGUAGAAAAACGUACUGUGCCUUCUGAAUCGUCCUCCUCAUCUAAGAAGAAGAAGGCAAAAGUUGAACAUGGAGGAUCGUCAGGCUUUAAACAAAAUGCAGAUCAUAGCAAUGGAUCAUUUAACUUGAAAGCUCUAACUGGCAGUUCUGGAUAUAAGUUUGGCGUUCUUGCUAAGAUUGUGAAUUACAUGAAAACACGACAUCAGCGAGGAGAUACACAUCCUUUAACUUUAGAAGAAAUUUUGGAUGAAACACAGCACUUAGAUAUUGGACUCAAGCAGAAACAAUGGCUAAUGACUGAGGCUUUAGUAAACAAUCCCAAAAUUGAAGUAGUAGAUGGGAAAUACGCCUUCAAGCCAAAGUACAACUUGAAAGAUAAGAAGGCCUUACUCAGGCUUUUAGAUAACCAUGACCAGCGAGGAUUAGGAGGAAUUCUGCUAGAAGACAUAGAAGAGGGGUUGCCUAAUUCCCAGAAAGCUGUCAAGGCUUUAGGGGACCAGAUACUAUUUGUAAAUCGUCCUGAUAAAAAGAAAAUACUAUUCUUCAAUGAUAAAAGCUGUCAGUUUUCUGUGGAUGAAGAAUUCCAGAAACUGUGGAGGAGUGUCACUGUGGAUUCAAUGGAUGAAGAGAAAAUUGAAGAGUAUCUGAAGCGACAGGGUAUUUCUUCUAUGCAGGAAUCUGGACCAAAGAAAGUGGCCUCUAUUCAGAGAAGGAAAAAGCCUGCUUCACAGAAAAAGCGGCGGUUUAAGACUCACAAUGAACACUUGGCUGGAGUGCUGAAGGAUUACUCGGACAUUACCCCUGGGAAAUAGGGAAUAUUUUUAUCAUUAAACAAAGUUGCAGACACACAGUCAAGAUCUUCCUUGAUGCUUGGAAUCUGAAGACUUACUGCCUUCCCGUCUGCUCCUCGGACUGAGGAGAGGAGCAGUUCAGUUUACAGAACAGGAGCGAUUACCAAACUCAUUGUUUUCAUCCAACAGGCUAGUGGGGAUGGGUGUUCCUGUUUAAGUUUCUGGGUUUAUUUUAUUUUUCUAGAAAGACACUUAGCAUGGCACUCAGGUGUCUUUGCUAUUUAUCUUGAUUUCUAAAUGGUUCUUGAUUCCAUGUUUUCUCUAUUGCUUUAGAACAAGUUGGCGAAUAGUGCUGAAUACAGUGUUUAUUCCAAGAGAAAAUAUUUAUAAUAAAAUUGUUUGUAGGAGGAUCUUUAA